AUGCCGCCGCCCCCUCGCGGGCCUGAAUUGUCACCGACGUCGACGACUGGAAGUGAUGGAUGGUCAGGUCUUAACAACUACAACCAGAUACCGCGCAAUGAUGGAGCCUUUGCUUCUUUGAAUGGCCCAGGUGAUGACUAUCCUUCAAAAGCACCUCCCUUUCCGCGCCCCGGCGCCAAUGGCGCGAACUUCCCUCCGGGCGGUCUUGAUCCUUUAGGCCAACGCCGUCCCUCCGAAUCAGGUUCACGUGGAUCGUCAAGAGCAGGGUCAGUCGCAGCGUCUCGCUCGAGUGAUGGCACGUUGGCAGACGACCAAAGUAGGAAAUACAGGCGGAUGGAAGCGCAACUAUUCCAGCACUACACUGUUCUCAAGGGAUAUUUGAAAGGGGGUGCACAAGUACCGCCACGCCCCAACAAAGCUCGAGACAAGCUGCUGCGCCUAUCUCCUGUGCAAUUCCAUGAGUUGAGCACCGAUGUUUUCGAUGAACUCCAACGGAGACAAGCAGCCACACCGCUACCUGGACGGCCCCCGCGGCAGCAGAAUGUUCCUCCAUUUCUACAACCCCGGCCAGAUUUCCACGAGAAGCGGAACCAAGCAAGGCAGAAACUCUCAUCCUUGCAAGCGCCACGAUUUAAGGACUUGUCGACCGAUGUGUUCUGUGAACUGGAAAGGAGAUUCCCCCAGUUUGCGAGGUCCGAGGGAGGAAGGAGGGAAAGUUCUCGGUCACACUCAAGGGGUCCUGGUAGUGUCGCCUCGAGCAACGGUGGAGGGGGCUAUGGUUUGCCGUCAAGAGCUCAAACAUUUGGUCCCGGUCCAACGGGUUAUUCUCAGAGACAGGAGUCGGUCACCAGCAUCCCGCAAUUCGACAAUCCACCAGUGAACGACUAUGGCCGCCCAAUGGCAAAGCAAUUUCAAAGUAACACCAUCACCCCGAAUAAAAGCAUGAUGGUGGAAGAUGAGGAUGAGACGCAAGCUACAGACUCGAGAUACGACCGGUCAAGCGAUGCUUUCGGCCUGGAGAGCUCUCUGACGAGUCCAAGGAGCGACAGAGAUACUUCGGCCACCUCACAAAGCGGAGUCAGCUACAAUCCUAAACCUCUACCACCUGUCAUGACCGAGCUGCAGGACAAGCUGGCAGAUCUGGAAGUCAAUCUCGAAGCAAAAGAUGCAGAACUACGAAGUUCGAGAGCUGAGGCCGAGAAAUGGAAGGUUACUACCGAAGACCUGGAGAAGAAGCUACAAGCGGCGGAGAAUCUUAAUCAAUCCCUGAAGGAGGAGAUUGAAAAACUCAAGGUCGAACAGCCUAACUAUAGUGGGGAGAGUGUGUUGUGGAAAACCAAAUAUCUCAAACUCGAUCAAGACCAUGAGCUUUUGCAGAAUCGUCUCGCUCAGCAGCAAGAACUGACUGAAGAAGUUCGCCGGCAAGGUCAAGCAUUCUUGGAAGAGAUGCGAGCCAUGGCUGAAUCGGGAGGCAACCCUGAUCGUGAGCAGAAAUUGCAAGCCGAUGUUUCCAAACUGGAAGAGGAAGUCAAGGAAUGGAAAGCGCGAUAUGUCAAGACGAAAACACAGCUUCGUAGUGUGCGCGCCAGCUCGCUCGGGCUCAGUAUCGCUCGACCGGACGCAAAUCGACAAGCAGCUGCUCUGCAGGAUCGAGAAGGCCUGGUCAAAGACGUCCACGUCACCAAGUUCCAAAUCUCGAUUGACGAACUACUGAGCAUUGCGAGGUCUGAUAACCCUGCAGCCGUGCUUGACCACAUGAAGACCGUGGUUUUGGCUGUAAGGGGCAUCACCUCUGAUGUUGAUGCUGCCAUCACUGACAAGAAUGACGAAAUUACCAAGAAACGAGCAAAGAUGAAGAGCAAGGUCUCCGUUACUGCCAACAAUCUUAUCACUGCAUCCAAGAAUUUCGCUUCCGCAAACGGUCUGUCACCCGUGAGCCUUGUUGAUGCUGCUGCCUCCCACCUGACCGCUGCCGUCGUUGAUCUUCUCCACACGGUCAAGAUACGACCUACACCUCCUGGAGAGCUGGAAGAUGACGAUGAUGGCACUCUGGAGCCUCUGCAAAGCAAUGGGUAUUUCAACAUUGCCGAAUCAUUGAGACGCCGUAGUGCCGUGGAAAGCGUCUACAGUGCCUUGAGCACUCCACCGGAAACCAGAAAUGGUUCCAUGCAAAUCGGACACCAACGGAAUGGUUCAAGCUAUCUAAACGGCACCGGUCUAGGGAUUCAGUCCACAUAUGGUCCUAGCCAGGAGGAGGCUGAUCUUGAGGAUCUGAAGAUGUACCUUGAAGAUCAAACUGAUGGCCUGGUUCAGUCCAUCACCUCGCUGGUCGACGCCAUUCGCAGUGACGAUGCCACGGUACCAAUUCAAACUCACAUCAGUACCAUUGCAGGAACCAUUGAAAAUGUCGUGACCGCUGUUGAGAGAACCAGCAGCGAGCCUUCUUCCUAUCAGACGCUUUUAGUUGAGAAGUCACAACCUAUCGUAGUGAUAUUACAGGACUGUCGCGAGAAGCUGCUCCAGGCAGGCGCCGACGCGGCAACUUAUAAUGGAACGCAGCAAAGCAGAGAAGUCACCCAGAAGCUGCCACCAUUGGCAUUCCAAGUCGCUCGCGAGACCAAAGAGCUUGUGUCCAGAAUCAUGGCCGUGGAAGCUGGGCGCGGCGAGGAGGACUUCAGCUGA